AUGCAGCAACGACAUUCUCUGCUACCGCUGCUGGGCGCACUCUCCUCCCUCACUGCGGCUGCUGCGGGCAGCUUGCCGCGCGGUGUCGGUCCAGAAUUUGCAUCUUACUACGCGGGCAAGUCCGACUUUGCCUGCAUCACCAACCCUUCGGUCAAGCUCAGUCCCUCGAGAAUCAACGACAACUCGUGCGAUUGCCCCGACGGCUCCGACGAGCCCGGCACCGCCGCCUGCGCCCACAUCGACCCGCUCUCCCCCCAGCAGCCUCUCCCCGGCUCUCCCUCGGGCACCACCAAUGCCACAAAGGCCCUCCCUGGCUUCUGGUGCGCAAACAAGGGCCACGUUGGCGCCUACGUGCCCUUUUCCUACGUUAAUGAUGGCGUCUGUGACUACGACGUCUGCUGCGACGGCUCCGAGGAGUUUGGCCGCGUCAAGUGCGAGAACCGUUGCGCAGAGAUUGGCAAGGAGUACAGGGCCCUCGAGGAGCAGAAGCGAAAGAACAUGGAAAAGGCCCAGAAGACGAGGGAUGCAAUGAUCAGCGAGGCAAGCGACCUUCGCCGCCAAGCAGAGUCCAAGUUGGCCGACCUGACGGGCGAGAUGGCGGUGCUCGAAGCAAAAAAGACGGACCUCGAGGCCAAGCACGCCGAGGCCAAGGCUCAGGAUACGGGCAAGGUCGUCAGGGGCCAAGGUAGCGGAGGCAAGCUCGGCGUGCUUGUCAAUCUGGCAAAGACCAGGGUCAACGAGCUGCGCGAGACGCUCGGCAACGUGGCCCAAGAGCGCACCCAUCUGCAGAGCAAAGUCGACGAGCUUCAGGCCCUUCUUACCAAGCUCAAGACCGACUACAACCCAAACUUCAACGACGAGGGCGUCAAGGCCGCCAUCAAGUCCUUCGAGGACUUUGCCGCCCGUGAAGCUGCCGACGCACCGAGCCAACUCAUCGAUUCCGAUAUCGAAACGGUUCUCAAGGAGGACGGCCCAGAGGGCGGCGUCAACUGGAUCGAAUUUGAGAAUCAAGGCGAAGAUACCGAUAUUUUGUACAACGUCGAGGCCUACCUUCCGUCCUUCCUUCGCAGUAUGCUCCACGACAAGGUGCAGGGGUUGAGGCUGUGGCUGAUUCGCAACGGUAUCCUGGCCGAGAGCGUCAAGGAGGGCACAGAAUCUCAGCUCGUCAAGGCAGCCCGAGAGGCCGUCGAGGCGGCAGAGAGAAAGGUCCAGGACACCAAGAGGGCCAUGGACAGCGAACAGGAGGAUCUAGCCAAGGACUACGGCCCGUCGGACAUUUUCCGCGCCCUCAAAGGCAAGCGCGUCGAAAUCGAGGCUGGCGAGUAUACGUACGAGCUCACUUGGCUGGAGCAGACGUCGCAAAACUCCAAAAAGGGUCACGGCAACACCAACAUGGGCAACUUUGCCCGCAUCGACCGCGAAAUGGCCGACGACGAAGAGAGACUGGAUGGCAAGAGCCUGGGCAAGGGCGAGCGCAUGGUGAUGCGGUACGAGGACGGGCUGCAGUGCUGGAACGGACCCCGCCGACGGACCGACGUCUGGCUGGGGUGUGCCGAAAAGGAGGAGGUCUGGAGGGUGAGCGAGGCGGAGAAGUGUGUCUACAAGAUGGAGGUGGGCACGCCAGCGGCCUGCGAGCCGCAAGGGCCCAGCGAGGAGCGCCGCGGCAAGGAUGAGCUGUAG